GUCAAAAUCUUCACGGGCUCCUCGCACCCCGAUCUCGCAGCCCUCAUUCUCGACCGACUAGGAUGUCCAGCCGCGCCUGCGGUUACGAAACGGUUCUCCAACGCUGAAACGGCGGUGGAGAUUGGCGUCUCUGUCCGUGACGAGGAUGUUUAUCUGAUCCAGUCUGGGUCUAUGCAUAUCAACGACCAUCUGAUGGAGCUGCUGAUUAUGAUAAACGCGUGCAAGAUUGCGAGUGCUAAGAGGAUUACGGCUGUCGUGCCAUAUUUCCCAUACAACAAGCAGUCGAAGAAGAAGAAGGCGCGGGGAGCCAUAACCGCUAAACUCGUCGCAAACAUGCUCGCAACCGCCGGAGUAGAUCACGUCAUCACAAUGGACCUGCAUUCCACUCAAGUGCAAGGCUUCUUCAAAACCACGAUAGAUAACCUCGUUGCCGAACCAUGCAUUGCACAGUACAUCAAGGCGAACUAUCCGAACUACCAGGACUCGGUCGUGAUUUCCAAGAACGCUGGAGGUGUCAAGAGAGUGACAGCAUUAGCAGACAAGCUACAAACCGAUUUCGCCUUGAUACAUCGCGAGCGAUAUCACAUACACCAGUCGUCGAAAGGAACUGCGGUCUUAGAUGACGAAGGACGAGAGAACAGAUUGACGCUCGUAGGAGACGUCAACGGAAGAGAUUGUUUUGUUUUGGAUGAUAUCAUUGACGGAACUCAUUCCUUUUUGGACGCGGCGGAACAUCUGAAGCGCUGCAAAGCGUCGACUGUGAGGAUCAUUGCGACGCAUGGAAUUCUUUCCGGGAAUGCGAUGCAGGAGAUUGAUGAUUGUGAGGCUGUUGAUGAGGUGAUCGUAACAAACACGUACCCCUUGGCCUCGAAACAAAAGGCCUCGAAGAAACUACGGGUCAUCGAUAUCAGUGGGGUGCUAGCAGAGGCCAUUCGGAGGAACCACAAUGGAGAGUCAAUCUCGUAUCUAUUUCACACCGCCAUAUGA